CCCUGCAUGUGUACCUGUUCUCCUUUUUGGGAUGUUACAUCGCCCGAGAUAGUUUCGUUCGUCAGACCUUCUACGUGUUCCAGCUGCUCCGUCUUUUCCUGGUCAUGGCCGGAGUCCUGCCCUGUGUGUUACACUGUCAGCUGUCCCAACUGCUGCCCAACACAACGGAGGAGGAGUUCCCUCUCAUGGUCGCGGCUCUCCUCCUGGCGAAUGUGCUCCUAGCCCUGGCCGCGAAAGCGUUAAUUGCCUUCCUCCUGCUCAACUACAAGAAAAACACCCGGGUCAAAAUGGAGCAGCGCUGGCCCCGAAAUAGGGAGAAUGUCUCUCGUUAACAAGGACCAGUCAGUAGUUAUCUUUUUUCAUCUUUCUA